ACGGCUCUGGUGGUCAAAAACAAGAAAAAGCUGACGUUAGCUGCCUUUCAAGAUGGUAACGUUAGGCAGCAAGUUAUAUCUUCGUUUGAAUGUAUAACUUAGCUAGCUAAGGACAUCCAAACAGAUAACGUUAUAAGAUAGGGAAGAGUGUAACAAAAGUCAACGUUACACGGCCGUCGGAGUGAUAAGAGGAGGGCAACUUUUCCCCGGAAAGGUGAAGGGAAUUUGUUUUAAUUUGGUUGGUUAACGCUAGCUAGCUAACGUUAGCGUGAUAAGUUAGCUAACGGUAGCCAACAACAGUCGCAAGACUCCUUCCUGGACUUGUCGAAGUUGCAAAGCUAGCCAGCUAGCUGAAAAACCAUCAGGAUAAGCUCUUUCUUAGCUAGCUAACGAACGUUAGAAAGCCAUUUUCUUUUGUGUUUCGCAUUAGCUACACUGUUCCUCGUUCGGUCUUUGUAGACCUUCCUAGGUUCAAAUCAUGGCGUGUGGAGCGACCCUGAAAAGGACCAUGGAUUUUGAUCCAUUGAUGAGUCCGACGUCCCCUAAAAGGAGAAGAUGUAUUCCGGUGUCCCCAUCAUCCUCCUCAUCACCACGGAAAUACCUUCGCAUGGAGCCGUCACCAUUUGGAGAAGUGUCAUCCAGACUAUCAGCUGAGCAAAUUCUGAACAACAUCAAGCAGGAGUACAAACGCAUUCAGAAGAGAAAGCACAUAGAUGGAGUUUACCAACAGACAGAGGGUUGCUACUCGCCAGAGUCUCCACCCCAUCUUAGUGGAUCCAGUAUGCCAGGCACAUCUGCUGGAGGUUCUUCUCCAUCAAAGAAAGAACAGCCCUUAUUUACUCUUAGACAAGUUGGAAUGAUUUGUGAACGUCUACUGAAGGAGCGUGAAGACAAAGUGCGGGAGGAAUAUGAGGAGACCAUGACUUCCAAGUUGGCAGAACAAUAUGACACUUUUGUGAAGUUUACACAUGACCAGUUGAUGCGAAGAUUUGGAGAGCAACCUGCAAGCUAUGUUUCCUGAGAGACCGACUUUGCCAGGCGACCUUCUCUUGCUGGAAGUUAGAGUUUAAAUCUUUGGAAAUCCAUGCAAGUGAUUGGUUUAAUGAAACGUCUUACUGUGCCAUAUUUCUCCUUUGGGCAAAGGUUUAUCUAAGCCGUUGUCAGUGGUAAUCUCUCUCUCUCACGUAAGCAACUAUGUGCUUCCUAAUGUAAUUAUAUGGACCCCCUCUACCAGUGGCCUACAUUUCUCCUGCUGUACCUGUAUCGAUAAGUUGUCACUCACUUUUAUAAAGACAUCUGGCAUUCCAGACUUUAUUCACCGUUUUAUUUCUUUGUUACACAUGUAUAUAUGAUAAAGGAAUGUAGACAAAGGUUUGCUGGUCAAUCUAUUAGCAAGUGGAAGGUACGGUUUGGAGAAGAUAAUUUGCAAUACCCCAGAGCCUUUUUGUAUGGGACUUUACAAAGACUAACUUCAAUUCAUUAGAUUUUUUCCGCUUUCAAAAUGUUAUUUAUUUCAUUGACUGUUUUGCUUUCAAACCUAUGUACUUAGUAGAAGGGGAAAAAACAAUAAAAUGUUAAGUUUCAUGUCGUCACAACAGGGUAAUGCUUUAAUUAACUGAAGUACUAUCUAAUAUUUAAAUUGUAAAUAGCUAAUAAUGUAAUCAAGUAGAUAUACCGAUGAUAUCAGGUUCUGUCAACCCAGUCGCUUGUGUUCCACCACAGCUCCCUGCCUCCACUAUGGAGUUACCAAGUCAAAGGCACUUGUCAAUCUCAUUCCACAGGAUUUUGCUCCUCCACCCUUGUACUUGAUCGGUGAAUUAAGGUCAGUAAUUAGUAGGAACUCCCCUCCCCUGGUUGUCUAGGUCUUAAUUGGAAAAACCAAAAACCCACACUCACACAGGAUAUGAGCAGAUCCCUUAUCUGAAAAUCGAGGCAUAUGUGGAACAGGCGAGACAGUUGGUGCCAUGCUCUACAAUUACAUUCCUAACAUGAGGUAUUAUUUCAAUGGCAACCUUGAUAAACAAAAUGUUCAAACCGGUUUCCUCAGAGGGUAUUUAGGUAGAGAAGACGUUAGAACGUGGAGACACCUCAGAAUGGGGUAGUAGUUCUUAUGGUAUUUGCGAAGAACUUUCAGUAGUUUCUGACACACUUCCUAAAAAGAGUAGCAGGACACACAAUCAAUACAUUACGGUAAGCUCAUAAUUCAGUCUUGUCAAUAUAAGGUUCAGAACCUCUCAACAGCACUCAAUAUUUACCUUCACAUGGUCAUCACUGGUCAACAGCUCCAUUUGCUCCUGGGGAGCCUGCUUCUCUACGUACCUGGGGGAAAGGGUGUGAGGUAAACACCAAGCAUCACAACAAGUUUUAAACAGACGAACCACACAACAUUUAAAUAAUGUUACUCAACCAUCAUAUGGGUAGAAGUGUGUGUGUGUGUGUUGGAGACUUGUGGGCCUGCAUGUGCGUAUGUGUGAGACAGUCACCUCAUGAAGGAUGGCAGCUGUUAGAUUCUCUACAUGCCGUGGCUGAGCUCAGUGGCUUGGCCCAGGGCUGCCACCUCCUUACAGCACAGCACGCUCAGAGGCUGGCUGUGGAAGUGCUCCAGCAGAGCCAACUGGUAAGGGGGCCCCCAUGGUCAACACACAAACCUGAGAACAAGCAAUGCAAAACAUAAGGUAACUAUUCACAGGAAUAAUCCAAAAUAAUACAUCCAGCCCACAUCUCAAAGUUAGUCUUUGAAAGACAAUACAGAGCAAUCAACAUUGUGUUCAGUCAGUCAGUUAUUCCACUUCAACACAUUUGAACAGUUCUAAAACAGUCCCACCAACAAUCAGAGGGCAGUACUCACCUGCAGGCCUUUGAUGAAGUUGCGUACGGAGAAAUCGUGGUGGAGGAAGAUGCUGACCAGCACCUGCAGCACCUUGCCACUGGGCUUAACAGGAAACAGUGGGGUCAGGAUUACCUUGGGACACAGAUGGGAAAGCAAUACUCACACUGAAGUCAGAAUUCUAACUUGAGAUAGACAUGUGUAACAAAACAAAAAAUCAUGUCAUCAAUGGGGAUCAAGAGUGAAAAUCUGUUAUGUACGUUGAUCUCUAGUUGGUAUUCAACUGCACCUUUAGAACCCUAUUGGGUUUAGGAAUAGGGCACAGGAGCAUGAUCACUGUGUCCAAUACAACUACAUCAAAGUGAAUGGAUGAAUCCAUGGUAGCUACAGACCUACCUUGUCUAUGACAGUUGUUACGGAUACAAGUGUUCUGUGUGUAUCCUGUGUGUAUUUCUUUUCUCUCCUUCUCCCCUACUCACAGGUGACAAUAAUCA